GGCCAGAUAGCAGGGAAGCAGCAAGGAAGCAGCAAGAGGAGAACCAUCGCGUGAAGAGCUGUCACAGAAGAAGUCACUCGGUUAGAGUUGAAGAGCAGACCGACGCAGCAAUGGACCAGGCAAGGUCAACAAUAUCCAAACUUUUCAACGGGGAGCCGCACUCCUACACCCGUUUCAACUUGACCCAGAACAUGGAAGGCGAUAACAGCCAGGUGGAGAUGAAUCUGUCGUCCAACAUGGAAGAGGAAGUCGGGGGAAACGGCGUGGGAGACCACCUCAAUCACAACUCCACCCACAAACCCUACGCGGCUCAAAAGCUUGGACGCAAACCUAAGAACCUUUGCUUCAUGGCCGCCGCCACCCUCCUCAUCUUCAUCAUCGGGUACUUGAUUGGCUACCUGGUUCAUCGUAAGAAGGACUUGGCUCCCACCUGUGAAGCCUCUGUGGAGACUUAUAUCGAACCUUUUGACCAGGAGACUGGUCCUGCCCCACUCAUGGACUGGGAUGAUGUCAAAAAGCUCCUCGCUCAGAAACUUUCUGCAGCCAAAUUUGAACCCGUCCUCAGAGAGUUUUCCAGCGUCAACCACCGGGCUGGUUCUCCAGGUGAUGACGCUCUGGCUAACAAGGUGAUGAAGAAGUUUAAAGAGUACGCCAUGAACUUCUGGACCGAUGAGCAUUACGUUAAGGUUCAGGACCCGCCAGCUAGAGGCUACAACAGAUUUAAUUUCAAGAACGGGAGCGAUGAGCGUCCACAGGGAUUCCUGUCCUACAGUCCCAAUGGAACAGUGACGGGUACUGUCUUGUAUGCGUAUUAUGGGCAGGAAAGUGACUUCAGGUUGCUGCGGGACAAAGGCAUCAACCUCACUGACAGGGUUGUGUUGGUCCGUGUGGGACUGAUCAGCUGUGCGGAAAAGGUAGCCAAUGCUGCCAAAAUGGGUGCCUCUGCCGUGUUGAUAUACCCAGACCCCGCGGAUUACUCUAUUGGAGACUCCACUGCACUCUUUGGACAUGUCCACAUGGGUUCAGGGGACCCCUACACCCCAGGCUUCCCCUCCUUCAACCACACCCAGUUUCCACCGGUCCAGUCUUCAGGACUGCCAAAAAUCUUGGCCCAGACCAUCACAGCCAGCAUGGCUAACAACAUUUUGAAGCAGCUGGGGGGUCAGAUUGAACCCGAAAGUUGGGGAGGCCAAUACCAACUGGGAGACCAGAGCGACAUUAUUACCGUUGAGGUCAAUAAUGUUCUUAUUGAGAAAAAGAUCAAUAAUGUCUUUGGGGUCAUCAAAGGCUUUGUGGAUGCAGAUCGAUAUGUGGUGAUCGGUGCUCAGAGGGAUGCGUGGGGUGCAGGUUUUGCUGGGUCGACAGUCGGCACCAGCAUCCUCAUUGAGUUGGCCCGUUCCAUCUCGGAUAUGGUGAAGAAUGAUGGAUUCAAACCGAGGAGAAGCAUCGUGUUUGCCAGUUGGAGCGCUGGCGAAUAUGGGAGCGUUGGCGCCACCGAGUGGUUGGAGGGUUAUCUUUCCUCUCUGAGCAUGAAAGCCUUCUCCUACAUCAACCUUGAUAGAGUCGUAACAGGUCAGAAAAAAUUUAAAGUGGCAGCCAGUCCCUUGAUGUACAGACUGAUCGAGGCCACUCUGACUGAGAUAAACUCUCCAAACAAGGACGGGACACUCUCUUCCCAAUUUGCAAAGGGCAACAUGGAAUUAAAUGUGUUGGAGCCUCUAAAGUUGGAUAAUGCUGCUUAUCCUUUCCUUGCCUUUUCUGGCAUUCCCUCACUCUCAUUUGGAUUCACCUCUGAUACCUCAGAAUACCCAUUCUUCGGGACAUUGCUGGACACCAAGGAGAACCUGAACUCGGCCACGGCCAACCAGGUGGCUCAGCUGACUGAAAUAGCGACCCGGUUCGCGGGUCACAUCGCGCUGAGGCUGGUCCAUGAUCAUCUGCUGCGAAUGGACUUCAUGAAGUACAACAAUAUUAUCCGCUCUCAUGUUGGUCAGAUCAACAGCAAAAUCAACACUGUUAAGAAGAUGCAUCCCCAGCUGUUGCCCAAGGUCCUAACAAUGCAGUGGUUAAUGUCGGCCUCUGGCUCCUACAGCCGCGCCUCUCGCAAGCUCAUGGAAGACAUCAAGAACAGUGACCUGGACGACGUCGAGAUGUGUCGCAUUUAUAAUGACCGCAUAAUGACGGUGGAAAGGAACUUCCUGUCCCCCUAUGUGUCUCCCAGAGAGAGCCCUUUCCGCCACAUCCUGCUGGGCUCCGGGCCUCACACGCUCAAGGCUCUGUCCAACCACCUCGACGCCCUGAGGACCAACCACCCCGAGGCGGACGCCGACCUGUUCCACAACCAGUUUGCCUUGGCCACCUGGACAGUUCAGGGAUGUGCCAACUCGCUAGCAGGGGACAUCUGGUCUUUGGAUAAUCAAAUAUAAAAAGUAAUUUCACCCCCUUCUCUCUUCCUCGUGUUUGGCCCUCUUAUCACAACUGGUAGUCACAGACGCGCAGCUUUUUUAAAAAUAGAUAAGCUGCUCGAAGGAAAUUAUCAAAUUAGGACUCUUAACUAAAUGGAUACCAGUUGCACGGUCAUCACCUCCAAUAGUUGAGUGAUGAGCUCAUCGUCAUUCCUUCUGAAACUCUCCAAAGAGUUGUACUUGCGCCUUGCCUAAAACCAGUUUAAAGGGUCGUUCACUUUCAUUUUUAACAUGUGGCCUUUCAAUACGAUGUUCUGAAUUCUCUGGUGCUACUAACGACGACCUUUUUAAGUGCCCGUGACAUGUAGCACUACUACUUACAUUGGGGUUACCUCAUGAAUGUUACAUUGAGUGAAUGUGAGGCUUCAGCACAGUAGCAUCAGGUCACAAUCACAGGACAGGCUGUGUCUGCCAGCUCAGAGGAAUUCAACUCAAAUGACCAGGAUGGUAUUUUAAGCUAAUUACUUUCCAACUGUUUGCCAUAAUUAUUACAGAUUAAAACUGCUGGUAUUUCCAUUGCUGCUGGAGUCUGCUGUUCAACCUGAGCUGGUUAGAAUUGGUCGCUAUAAUUUCAUACUGUGCUGAAAUCUGCUGUUCAACUUGUUGUUUGAAGUUUGGAAGGAGAUGAGUUGAAAGUAACUCUGUUAUGUUUCAUAGAACACAUCUUGAAAUAUACGUUGGACAUUGAGCGAGUUGUCAUUUAAAACUCACGCUGCAGUGAUCUCUUAGAAUAGUCCUAAAUAAUAACAAAUCAGAAUUUCUUAAUAACCUGAAUUGCCUUCUGACAUGAUGGCAAACCUAUGCUGGCCUUUCAAAAACCGAGAAGGUCUCAACCAUGUGGCACUGAAACGGAAACCGUACGUCUAUUUAUUGUGUUAUUUAUUUAUCAGUGGCAGGGUUCACUAUAAAUAUUUUUGUAUUGCCUUUUUCUAAAAAGAUAUGUGUGUAUAAUUAUCGGGAGCAGUGCCUUUCAUAAUUAUGACAGUUAUACUGUCGAAAUGACAAAAGCAGCAUCUGCUUAAAAGAAGUGUACAAGUUGACCGACGGCCCGGACUGAACACUGAACGCACCUGGCACGACUCUGAGGUCAUGAGGUCAUGACGUGAACUGACACUGGAUUGGCCCGGUGUCCGGGGCCAGCUCGCAUACCACGCCGCUGGCUGUCGGUACGGGUCCCUUGGUGCUUGUACGCCUCUCGUCCUGAUGGAAUUAUCGGCAGCAGUGUCUUCCAUAAUGUGAAAAAAAAAAGAAGGUAGUUUUUGCCUACCAGUGCGUGUCCGUAUCGGAGGCAGUGCCCUCCAUAUCUCACUGUAGGAAUGGAUGUUUUUAUUAUCGGGAACAACGUUUUCCAUAAUGUUUGUAUAUACACAUUAGGGUGCUACGCGAUGUUGUCUGCCGCUUUAGAGCCCUUCAAUGAUGUUUACUUGCUUUUGUAGUUUCUUAUGAAAAGGUUUCACAUCGGCUCCUUUCUCCUUUCUCCAUCUGUCUCAUUAGAAAGGUAAAUAAUCUGACUUUAAUUUGUUCUGGGUUUCUUUAUUGAGCCGUUUUGUCAUUUCAAGCAGACGCUGAUAAUCUUUUCUCUGGGCUUCAAGGUAUAAAACUGAUAUGGAACGUCUUUUGCUUUCAAGAGAAACACUUUUUUUGGGACCACAGGUUACAGCGGCGUGGUCCAGUAUCCAGAGAGGAUCAACACUUGCCUCACUAAAUUGGUUUUGAUGAGGUAUUCAGUGUGAAAGUGAAUUAUAAUUUCUAAUUUGAUGUGUUCAUUCAUUGUUUCGAGACGUCUUUGUGUCGUAACUGUUUCUACGUACAGUACUUAAGGAGGUUUUGGACGGUGUGUAAUUGCCUUGUUUCGUUUAGUUUCACUAUUCUGUAUUUUUGUUUCGCCUCCCGUUGUCUGCUAGAAUCAAACGUUACUGGUUUAAAGGCCUGUUAUGCUACAAUACCGUCAAAUAUAUUCACAGGAAUAAUGACAAAUUUAAGUAAGAUCUUUGUAAAUGGGAUUUUGAAAUUACACACUGAAUGUUACAGUAGUUAACGAUGUCCUUCUUUAGCAAAUUUACUACACCUUCCUUCUCAUUUACAAUCUUUCUUAAAAAAUAAAUGGAAAUCACGAUGCUUCAGCAGAGAAACCUGUUGGUUUUAGAUAAAUAGCCAUUUGACAUGAUCUCUUAAUAGUUUGAGUGACCUGCUGGGCUAUCAUGGGGCAUGUUCUGUAAAUUACAUUUCUAUUAUUAACUUGAGUUGCAGAUGUGGGAAUUGCUCAACAAAAUGUUUCUUUGGUGGAACAUCAAGACUUUAUUUUAAAUCGUUAAAACAAGAAUUCAUUAAUUUUUUUUCCUCACUAUUCAAAUUUGCUUUGCUUCAUUCUUUCGUUGCUGCAAUAAAUAAUCGCAUCAGAA